UUUAGUGAGUCCUCAGCCAAGGAAGUUCAGACACAGCAGAGGCUGGUUUAUUUAAAGUUUGUUCCUGGUGUGACACAUAAAGAGAUUUACCUUUUGAGUUACCUGUCCUGGUAGGAAUAAGCAACAGGGUCUCUAUAUCUGUUAUUUUUGUGCAUAAACAUGAUUUGACUUCAUGUCUUGGGUACACGUCCAUGUCCGUCUGAUGAGUAACAGCAUGGCUUUACCUGGUCAUUGGUUCUGUGUUUAAAACACCCAUCAUGAAAUGCAAGAAGACCAGGGUCCAGAGAAGGUAGUUCUCUACAUGAUACACAAGUGUAAAAUUAAAUACUAUAUAUUUGUAGGUCCGUCGACGUCCAGGAGUUAGUCGGCACCGGGUGUUAGCAGCGCGGCUACAGACCAGGGAUCAGUGAAAGAACUCAGGGUCUGGGACAUAUAGAGAAAAGCUGUUUGACACAGAUCAGAUGUUGGAAGCUGAGCUCGAUCUGAUGGAGAUCACCGAGGGUGAGCACUCACACCUCCAGCGCCUCAUCCAGACCAACAUGGAGGCACAGACUGGGCCUGAUGCUGGCCUGAUGAACAGAUGUUGGCCUGAUGUGAGGGAUCAUCCAGCUGCAGCGAUCUCUACAGAUGUCACUGGACCCACAGGGACCUCUCCUUUCACGACCACCCAAGCUAUUGACCUGUCAGUUGCCACUGAAGAUCACUGUCUGGUGAUGUCAGGAGAGAAGACCCCCACCUCUAAUGUGGAGGUCCCGGGGUUUGUGUUGGCCAGACUCAGAGGUGUCAAGAGUCCGACUAAAGUGCCCGUCAACAGCCGCGUGUCCUCGCAGGUCAAAGGUCACAGAUCCUCUGCAAGAGUUUGCUUGGAGAAGAGGUUCACCACAAUGUCUGCUGACUUCCAGAGACAGAGGGACGUUCAGUCAGCAGCUGUCUCCCAUAGUUUUUUAAAAAUAUUCCAGCAGUCUGGAAAUGCUCAAAUGACCCUUGUACCAUACAUGCAGAAGAGGAUGAAAACUGAUGGAGUGAAUCUCCUAGAAGUUUGCAUCCCAGCCAACGGGGGUGUAUUUAACCCUGUCAUGACUAUGUGUGGUCAGGUGGUUGACCAUAUUCCUCACAUGGUUGAACUGAACAAGCACCAAGAUGUGACACCUGCUGCCUCCAGGAAGCGUGGUCACGGGAGCAGCACCAGACAAAGAGCCCAAUCCAGUACGUCAGUCAUGGAGAGCAGGGAGAGACACAACAGUAGCGAGAGGAAACGCAGAAAGAUGAUUCGUUUAUACUGUGACGAGCUGAACAUGCUGGUGCCAUUCUGCCAGUCAGGCACGGAUAAAGUCACCACCCUACACUGGACCACCGCCUUCCUUGUGUACAUCAACAAGAUGUAUGGAGACACCUUCAAAAAGGAGUUUCAGAAAUCAUUCAACGAUGCGAAAGAACUGCAUCUGAAAUCCAGCUCUUCGUCAGGCUAUGACUCUGUCCAGCAGGAGAUGAUUGACAGGGUAGAACAAUGACCACCACCCGCUGCACCCCCAUCCUCACUCAUUUAUCUAGUAAGUCAGCCAGAUAUUUGAGCACAUUAUCUGAGGGUGUCCAGUGAAGUCCAUUCUUUGGUUCUCUUUAAGCCAGCAUUUGUUCAUGGGGGGGGGCUUUUCAUAGAGUCACCAAUAGGUGGCACUGCUCCCCUUGUAAAAUAGUUAGUUCUCUAAUGAGCAACAUUUAUGCUCCUCAACUUAUAGAUUUAACUAACUUUAUUUAUAUUGGCCUCUUUUUAUACCUGAUUUAAAUUUUGUGUCAAUUUAAAAUCAUUUGCUUUGGUUAAACUGUUCAGACAGUGUGUGGUUCACUUUUCCACCUGCAUUUAGUCUUCAAGCACUAAUUUAAAUCUUGCUUAUGAAUGAAGUUUUACUGCCUGGCGAUUAAAUGGGGUUAAGUAAUGUUCAUAGAGUUAAUUAUUCUGAAGUGAAGACUGGUCAUUUGAUAUGUAGAAAAGAGUAAUGUUUUUACUGAAAAGUGGCUUUAUUUGUUCUUUCUUACAACAUGUCGCUGUAGCAUUUUACUGUACAUACAACAGUCACCCACAAAUAAUAAAUAGUAUUUAAAGUCUUGUAUAUUUAAUAGUUACAGCACCGGUAGUACAAAGUGGAUGUGGUGUUUGAAAACAUUUGAUUCUCAAAUCUGGAGAAUCAGCUUCACAUGUAAUUUAGAAUAAGAAAAGCUGUAAAAAAAAAAAAA